CAAAGGAGAUCUACAGCCCCCGGCCGGCCCGCCGGAGAACUAGACCGAACCAGGCGUCCAUGGGGAGCCGCCUCCACCCGGCCCCGACCCGAAUUGCGACCCCAGUCUGCGGUGCACGCUUGUCCUGACCUGGACUUUGGAUUUCUGAAGAGGAUCGCGCGGCCCGAAGAGGUAUUGGAGAGCACCAUGGCUGAGCAACUCCUUCCUCUGGCCUUGUAUUUGAGCAAUAUGCGGAAAGCUGUGAAGAUACGAGAGAGAACACCAGCAGAUAUUUUUAAACCUACCAAUGGAAUCAUUCACCAUUUUAAAUCCAUGCACCGAUACACUCUGGAAAUGUUCAGAACUUGCCAGUUUUGUCCACAGUUUCGGGAGAUCAUCCACAAUGCUCUCAUUGACAGAAACAUCCAGGCUUCCCUGGAAAGCCAGAAGAAGCUCAACUGGUGUCGAGAAGUCAGGAGGCUUGUGGCCCUGAAAACAAAUGGUGAUGGAAACUGCCUCAUGCACGCGGCUUCUCAGUACAUGUGGGGUGUUCAGGACACAGACUUGGUCCUGAGGAAGGUGCUCUUCAGCACCCUCAAGGAGACGGACACGCGCAACUUUAAAUUCCGCUGGCAGCUGGAGUCUCUUAAGUCUCAGGAAUUCGUGGAAACUGGGCUUUGCUACGACACCCGGAAUUGGACCGAUGAAUGGGAGAGCCUCGUCAAGAUGGCAUCCGCAGACACACCUGCAGCCCGAGGUGGACUGCAGUAUCAUUCACUGGAAGAAAUACACAUAUUUGUCCUUUGCAACAUCCUCAGAAGGCCAAUCAUUGUCAUUUCAGACAAAAUGCUGAGAAGUUUGGAAUCAGGUUCCAAUUUUGCUCCUCUGAAGGUGGGUGGGAUUUACCUGCCUCUGCACUGGCCUGCCCAGGAAUGCUACAGAUACCCCAUUGUGCUCGGCUAUGACAGCCAACACUUUGUACCCCUGGUGACCAUGAAGGACAGUGGACCUGAAAUCCGAGCUGUUCCACUUGUUAACAGAGAGCGAGGACGAUUUGAAGACUUAAAAGUUCACUUUUUGACAGUUCCUGAAAACGAGAUGAAGGAAAAUCUCCUGAAAGAGUACUUGAUGGUGGUAGAAAUCCCCGUUCAGGGCUGGGACCAUGGCACCACCCAUUUAAUUAAUGCUGCAAAGUUGGACGAAGCUAACUUACCCAAGGAAAUAAACCUGGUAGAUGAUUACUUUGAACUUGUCCAGCACGAGUACAAGAAGUGGCAGGAAAACAAUGAGCAGGGACAGAGAGACACACACCCCCAGAAUCCUCUGGACCCUUCCAUCCCCCAGCUUUCUCUCAUGGAAAUCAAAUGUGAGACACCCAACUGCCCAUUCUUCAUGUCUGUGAACACCCAGCCUUUGUGCCACGAGUGCUCAGAAAGGCGGCAAAAGAACCAAACGAAAGUCCCAAAGCCCACCUCCAAGCCGGGCCCCGAGCUGCUCCCCGGCCUGGUGCUUGGGACCUCCCGGGGGGACGUCUGGAGUCCUGUGGAGCCUGCCGGAGGCCCCCACUCAGCCCCUCCGACGGCACCCAGCCUCUUCCUCUUCAGCGAGACCACGGCCAUGAAGUGCAGGAGCCCCGGCUGCCCCUUUACCCUCAACGUGCAGCACAACGGCUUCUGUGAGCGAUGCCACAAUGCCCGGCAGCUGCCAGCAGGCCACCCUGCAGACCCCACGCGGCUUCCUGACCCGAGUAAGUGCCGAGCCUGCCUCCAGGAUGUCACCAGGACGUUUAAUGGCAUCUGCAGUACUUGCUUUAAAAGGACUACAGCCGAGGCUGCCCCGAACCUCAGCUCCAGUGGCUCCCUGUCCUGCCACCAGCGCUCCAAGUCUGACCCCUCACAGCUGGCCCAGAGCCUGUCCCCACACGCCUGCCGCAGAGCCGGGCCCGAGGCGCCCUCUGGUCACCACUCCCCGGCCACAAGGACUCCAGGGGACAGGAUGGGGACCAGCAAGUGCAGGAAAGCAGGCUGCAUGUACUUUGGGACCCCAGAGAACAAAGGCUUUUGCACGCUGUGUUUCAUCGAGUACAGAGAAAAUAAACAUUUAGUCGCUGCCUCCGGGAAAGCCAGUCCCACAGCCUCCAGGUUCCAGAACGCAGUCCCCUGCCUCGGCAGGGAAUGUGGUGCCCUUGGUAGCACCGUGUUUGAAGGAUACUGUCAGAAGUGUUUCAUUGAAGCUCAGAAUCAGAGAUUCCAUGAAGCAAAAAGGACUGAAGAGCAGCUGAGGUCAAGCCAGCGCAGAGACUUGCCCCGAGCCUCACAGAGCGCCUCCAGGUCCAAGUGUUCACGGGCCACCUGCCGGAAUGUGCUGGCCUGCUGCAGCCAGGAGCUCUGCAUGGAGUGCCAGCACCUCGGCCAGCGAGCAGGCACCAGCGCCCGUCGGCCAGAGCACACCCCCGAGGAGCCCCCAACGCAGCGCUGCCGGGCCCCCGCCUGCGACCACUUUGGCAACACCAAGUGCAAUGGCUACUGCAAUGAGUGCUUUCAGUUCAAGCAGAUGUACGGCUAACCCAACCCAGGGGGCCAACCCCAGGCCCGGAGAGGCCUAGAGCCUUAGCCCGUGGAGUGCCAUUCUCUCUCGGCGCCCCAGUGCCACUCCUAAGGGCCCUACCCUGCAGGGUGGGCCUGGGCUGCCUGUAAGCGGGGGACGAAAGAAGCGCUCCGUCACCGGCCAGGAAUCUGAGCAAAGCGUGUGACAGGCCGCGGGUUGCACGGGGUCAGCCCAGAGCUGCUGCUCCUCCUCCCCUUCCGAGCAGACAGCUGGGAACCUCCAAGCCAGGACUGCCCCACCAUCUUUAGAGAAAAGGGAAAAGACGCAGGAUCCAGCUGGACUGGAAAACCCAGAGCCAGUCCCCUGCCCUCCCUCAGCGUCUCUCGGAGACCGGGAGCUGAGGCCUCAGGGCCCGCAGGCCCUCUGCUGGAAACUCAGGAAGCUCAGGGAGCACGGACAAACUCAGGGCGUUAGUCGGUCGCCGUUUCUCCCUACCGGCCUCACUCCUCUCCCACGGACACGGCAGAAGCAGAACCAUCCACAGACUGUGAUGCUGAGGCUGAACACAUUCAUAAAGAAAAGCAAAUCAGCUGCUCUUUGCAAUACGCACCUUUCAAGACUCAGAACAUCUUAGCGGGCAGAUGUGUAACUCUUGGUUACAGCUGUCUUUACUUCUAAAGUUAACUCGAACUGAGGUGUGCAUACAUUGUGUACAUAUAUCACGGCCCCUUAUAUUCUGUAUGAGGGAAAUUUUUUUUUUUUUUUUGGUCAUGUUGAGAUGCUGCCCUAGAAGUUUUAAGUAAGAGGACUGACUAAUAAUAAUAACCUAUUUUCUGGUUGUUGUUGAAGCAGGCACCUCUCAUAGA